GAGAAACUAAAACAAAUAUGGCGUCCUGUUUUCUUCUUCUUGUAUUGGUCUCCUUGACCCAGCUGAUCUGUGUUCAGUUGAUGGAGGAGACAGAGUACUUAUAUCCACAGUUCAAGAAUAUAUCACCGUGUCCGUGUGAUAUAUCCUCUAGCUGUGAAACCUACUGCUGCUGUGAUACAGACUGUCCGGAGGAGAUGAAACUAAACCAUACUUGCUAUACAGGAUUGUAUGGAGGAGGGUUUGCUGACAAACAUCCUCCAUGGAACUGUUCCAAUCCUAGCGAUCUUUAUCCUCUCUACUUUCAUCAAUUCCUCUGUCUGUAUCAGGAGAACUCUCCCUACCUUGGUGAUUUCUACGCUGUGGCGGCUAAACUGGAGACUAGGGGGGAAUAUCAGAAGGCCAUCAGUGCAGUCAAGACGUAUGAUGCUGAUGACUCCGGGUUAAAUAAAGAUGAAGACCCGGAGAAGGAUGUUCAGAGUUACAAGGAAGGAGUUAUCGUUAAAACUCUUUAUCACAGGAAACAAGGAAUAAAAGGAGAACUCUCUCUGCCUGCCCCAUCUAUAUCAGGAGAAUGUAUUUCAGCUCCGGUUCGAUUCUUGAGAAACCAGAAAACUUCCUGUAUAAGAACUCUUAGUCCUGAGAUUUGUGACGAUGGUAAGAAUUCUCCUCUAGACCACCAAAUGUAUUUAAUGGAUUUUCCAGGUAUUGAGAACGAACCAACCUUCAGUCAAGUUCUCUCCUCCAACAACUAUUUAAACACAACUAAAACCACGGUGAACUACUACACUACAGAGACAGUUGAAAACUAUUUAUCCACCGAAUCCAGAGCUUUGGAAAUCCGCGAAAAUGUCGCGGAAAAUUUCGAGGAUUUGUUAGAACUAUCUAGAAAGGAUUUUAGUCCUUCUAUGUUUGACGAAAAUGUGAGAAAUGAAGGAGUCAUGCCUUACGACAAACUACCAUACUUUGCUAAUUUUAACACGGAGGAAAAUGAAUGCAGAAAUAUUGCUCUAGAGGUGAAAUAUACACUGUACUGGACUGGUACACAGAUUAUCAAAAUACAAGUUGACAUUCUUCUUGGAAAUGUAACCCUGGAAUCUCCCCGAAUGUACCUGAACCAGUAUUACACUGUAAAAUUCCAGCAUUUAAGACAACGAAACAAGACACUGUUUGAUCAUGAUACAGACAUGAUUAAUGAAGAAUCCAGAAGCUCUGGAAAUAUUAUGGAAAGAUCAGGAAACCCUGGAAAUAUUAUAGAAAGAUCAGGAAACCCUGGAUAUUUAAUUGGUAAACCGAUUAUCCCUGUCGUCAAUACAACUGUACAGGUUGAGAAUGAGACAAGUGUAGAGUAUAGUCUGGAUGUGAGAGGGUUUAGGGUCUGGGGCUCUUCAACCAAAAGUUCUCUUUGCGCAGACUCACAACUUAGGUCGGUUGAGUUUGGAGUGAAUAUGGAAAGUGGCUGCUUUAUCAGGGUUCACAAGAAGAAUAUUACAAGCUGCAGGGCGCUGAAGAGUAAAAUUAUGAAUCUACAAAACAAUCUGCUCAGAUCAACAUUAAUUGCCAAGGAUGGAAGUUUGAAUCUAACAGAUGCUCAAGGUCUAGUCAAGAUACUUCAUGAUGAAACUGAACCCUAUCCGGAUUCUCGUAGAACCCUGAUACCAACCUGUCAGGUUCCAUCUGGAGUCCGCAUAACAGUGUUAUACACUAGUAAUGGAGAACUGCAAGGAGAGCCUAUUCGCCUGAUAACUGGAGUCCGUGUAACACCUUUGUGGAACACUUGGCAUUGGACUUGUAGCAGGACCGAGGUUGGAGAGUGUGGGAGAACUCGAAGAUAUUUACUCCGAACUGAGGUGGAGUUUAUCAAUGUACCUGUCAUCUGGCAUCUAGCUAACACAUCAAGGUUCUGGGUUCUUCAGAGUGAGUUAAGCUGUGAAGGAGAUGCAUGUUGGGAGUCAAUACUUCAACCUUUUAUACAAAAGUUGGACGGACGAGUUGUGGUGCAAGUUCUAGAAUGGUUGUUUCUUCUCAUCCUGCUCAUUAUUCCCUCAUACAGUUUCUCAAAUAUUAAAAUUUAAACUAAAAGUGUUAAGUUCUAUUAAUUCCUCAAUUGUUUCUGAAGCAAGAAAUGUUCAAGUGACUUUUGUAGAAAAACCACAAAUGAAAAUAAACAUUCUAAAAACA